AGCUCGACAGAAUCAGGACAAGGGAAGAGCAAACAAGGAAGUAAGACCGUGCAGGAAAAAGUUUCCCCUCGAUCGAGUGCAUUGUAUUUUUUAGCAAUAAAAAAAAUAAAUAUAUAUAAUAAUAAUAGCAAUAAAGGCCGAUUCGAUCGAUACAGUUUACAAUUGCAUCGGAACAAACACGAAAAAAUGAACAAUAAAGCGCCCUACCCCCAGCAGGCAGCGUACCCUCCUCAGCAAGGCUCCUCUCCCCUCUACCCCCCAGCCAUGGCAGGGCAGCAGGCUCCCCCCUACUCGGAUGCGCCCCCCUCCUACUCCGAGAUUUACCAGCCCAGGUACAUGCACCCCCAGCAGGCUGGUGCCGUGCCUCAGAUGCCCCCCACCUAUCCUGGCGCCCAGAUGUUCAUGCAUAUGCCCCAGUCGGUGCCCAUGGCCCAGAUGGGACACAACGUGCCCAUCGCUUACUACCCGAUGGGACACCUGUACCCUCCCGGCUCCACAGUGCUGGUGGAGGGGGGUUACGAUGCAGGAGCCCGUUUCGGAGCUGGCAGCAGCCCCUCUAUCCCGCCCGUCCCUCCUGGGCACCUCCCCAACGCAGCCCAGCUGGCAGCCAUGCAGAAUGCCAACGUGAUGAUGACCCAGCGCAAGGCCAACUUCUUCAUGGGCGGCUCCAGCGGAGGCUACAGCAUCUGGUAACCCGAGUGGGCCGAGCCGGGCUCCCAGACACACGCACGCCCGCGUGCUGCAAUACUGACACCACCUAAAGGAAUGUAAUAGUUUAGUGCUGGGUGAGUGCAGUACACCACCAGUUAUAUGGACAAUAAAACAAAAGGGGGAAGGUACGCGUUGUGGAUCUAUAGCAACACUUCAACAAAUAUAGUUUUGAUUUGUUCAGGGUAUGUAGCAUUUUUCUUUUGAGAAUCAUUUUUAAUUUUCUGAUUUUUUUUUUUUUUUUUUUUUUUUUAUUAUUUGUGACCUCCAGGUGGUUUUAUUUAAAUUAUUUUUCACGACCGGAGGCCUGGGUUAGAAUCCAUGGUCGUGUCACGAGGCAGUGCUUGGGUCCAGGCUGAGUCGUCCCGCACACAGCUGUCCCUCUCCCUGCUUGAGAGAGACGCCCCGGGACUGAAGGGGCGGGGUGUGGGUUGGGGG